AUGUACGCGGAGCAACUCCUUCCCCAUGACAUUGCGGCGGAGGAGGCGGUAAUCGGGUCGCUGUUGAUUGACAGCGACUCUUUUCUCGACAUCUCCCAUCUCAUCAGGCCCGACGAUUUUUAUCGGGACCGGAACCGCUUGUGUUUUGGCGCCUGCGCCGAACUGUUUCGCCGGGGUGAGGCCAUAGACCAGGUUACGGUGGCGCGGGAAUUGCACCGCUCCGAUCAAUUGGAAAACGCCGGCGGCAUGGCUUACCUUAGCCAUCUCGUUUCCACCACACCUACCUCCACCCACGCCGAGCACUACGCGCAGGUCGUAUAUAACACCUCCACAAUGCGACGCCUGAUUGACGCCGCUUCCAACAUCUCCGCGAUAGGCUAUCGAGAUAGCUACGACGUAGAAAACACCCUGCGCCAGGCAGAGGACGUGCUCUUCUCCGUCCGUACACAACGCUCGGAACGUGGCUUCAUUCCGUUGCGCCAGAUUUACGACCAGUUCCUGGAAGACCGGGCCUCAAUUGUGGAUCCAAUUGAUGACACCGCCCCGGUUUUGACGGGCUACAACGACCUGGACGAACUGCUUGGUGGAAUGCAGCGGUCCGACCUCCUGAUCCUUGGCGCUCGCCCUGGACUGGGCAAGAGCGCCCUGGCCGUUAACGUUUCUAUCAACGCGGCCAGGCAGGGAUCCUCGGUGGGUAUAUUCAGCCUGGAAAUGAGCCGGGAACAGUUGGCCCUUCGCAUCCUGUCUGGGGACGCCGAAGUUGACGCUCACCGUGUACGCCUUGGCCUUUACACGGAGGCAGAGGAGCAACGCAUCAUCGACUCAAUUGGUAACCUCUCCGAACUGCCGGUGUUCAUUGAUGACACGCCAUUUCAGGGCAUUUCAGAAAUGCGCAGCAAGACCCGCCGCCUCUCCCUCGGCCCCGAUGGCCUGGACUUGCUAAUUGUGGACUACCUGCAACUCAUCCAGGGGCAGGCCCAUGCCAGGGGAGGGGAAAACCGGGUGCAGGAGAUAAGCGAAAUCUCGCGAUCCCUCAAGGGCAUGGCUCGAGACCUUCGGAUUCCUAUAAUAACCUGCUCUCAGCUUAGCCGCGUAGUUGAAGGCCGCCCCGGUCACCGCCCCCUGCUCUCCGACCUACGGGACAGCGGAAGCAUCGAGCAGGAUGCCGACAUAGUUAUGUUCAUCUACCGGGAAGAUGUUUACUACACUGAAGCCUACCCCCGAAAUAUUGCCGAAAUUAUCGUGGCCAAGCACCGGCACGGGCCCACCGGCGGCGUAAAACUGCGCUUCCGCAAUAACCUGGUCCGCUUCGAUGCCCUGGGCCGCGACGAAGAUUUCUAG